AUGGCUAUAUUCAUCGGCUUUCACUUCACUCGCAUAUUGGCUUACAAGUCGGGUCUUGCGCCUCGGUUCUCUAUUUUCGCCAGCCCCUUUCUUUUCGCCUCAAGAGUCCUCCGAAGAAGGCUCCUCGCCAAAGCUCCAUUCUUACCUUCCGUCGGCCACGCUGGACUUGCCUUGAUCUAUGUGGGACUCAAUAUUGUUCUGACAUUUAAGCCUCUGAUGAACCACCCUGCCUUGGCACUCCUAUCCAACAUUGCCUCGCGGACAGGAUGGCUUGCACUCGCCAACAUCUGCCUCGCCGUCUUUCUCGGUCUCAAGAACACGCCUCUAGGGUAUCUGACAACCUGGUCCUACGAAAGACUGAACGUCAUUCAUCAGAUUCUGUUCUACCUCGUGCAUGUCUCCUUCUUUGUCGUCACCAUGGUUUUCAUUGGUCUUCACCAGCCCGAGACGCACAAGCAUAUUCUCAUCGCCACAGGCGUCGGCGCUGGCAUGUGGGCGCUCGACCGUCUUCUCCGCAUUCUCAGGGUCAGUCUUUACAGUUUCAACAACCAGGCCACCAUACAUCCGCUGCCGCACGGAGGUACUCGUAUUGUGCUACGGAAGCCUCCUAUUGGUGCGAGUUCUGGCGAGCACUGCUUCCUGUGGGUUCCCCGCAUCAGGUCAGUCGAGAUGCACCCAUUCACAAUUGCGGCGGCAGACCCUCUGGAGUUUGUCGUGGCUUCCUAUGACGGCUUCACCCGCGACCUUCACAAGUACGCCAUCCAAAACCCAGGUGCCAGUCUCAGGGCCUCUGUUGAAGGCUCUUAUGGCACCUUCCCCGACCCUACUUCCUAUGACAAGGUGGUAUUGAUAGCAGGUGGGAGCGGGGCAAGCUUCACCGUCGGCAUGGCACUCAAUAUGAUCAAGCACGCCAACGCUGGCUCUCAACAGAGCGUUGUGUUCAUCUGGAUGGUAAAAGACAAUGAUCAUCAAGGCACGGGACAGGGACUGUCAGUGACAAUGCCCUUGCACCCACCACAACCGUGUUCCGCAACCGCGCAGCGACAUUUUCGUCCUCGGACAGCUCCCCUGACACCCCUGUCGAUGACGAGAAAAAGGCUUGCCGAGGACAGGCCGGGCCGCGUCUUGACACGUCACAUCUCCGACCCCGAAAAGUCGGAGCACGACUUGGAGCCGGAAUCGCCCACGUCCCCUUGCGACACAUCUGCUGCCGGCGCACCUCGACCACACCAGCAGUCUACCAGCGAGUUGCACAUCCACGGAAUUCCCAUUACAUACGCGCGGCCUGACAUCUCGGCUUUGAUCCACCAUGCCAUUGCGCAGACGCCCAGCAGCCAACGGGUGCUGGUUAUGGGCUGCGGCCCGGAGGGGCUGAUGACGGAGGUGCGCAAUACAACAGCCAAGUCAGUCAGGAGAAAGGGUCCUGCGGUAGAGCUUCACUGCGAGCAAUUUGGAUGGUGA